UUAAUCAGUAGGGAGGCUAGGAGCUAAAGGAGGAAGACGACGCUUUAGAUCCAGAUUUAAUAUUUGACAAAAGAUCCAGAUUUAAUAUAAAAUUCGCAGUCAUUAAAAUAAAAACUGCGAAACGUUGACGAAGAUGUUCUCUUGGGUUAACUCUCAAUCCCCUCUUCUUACCCACACUCCCACUCUCUCCAAGCAAAACCCCUCUGAAAUGCGACCAUGGGGAAGCCAACCAAGCUCAAAUCCCCGCCGCCGCCGCAUCGCGUAUUCAUCAGCUCCCACGGUGGUGACUUGCUCCUCCGAGGCGGAUUCGUCCAUGAAAUUGCCAAGGCCUUGAGAAGCAUCAAAGUCAACGCGUACGCUGAUGAGCCCACUGGUGAAGAAGUUGUUUGGACGAGGAUCGAGAAGUCGAGGAUCGCGAUCGUGGUGUUCUCGAGCAGGUACACCGAAUCGAGAUGGUGCUUUGAGGAGCUUGUCAAGAUCAAAGAAGGAAUGGAACUAGGCGAACUCGAGGUGAUUCCAAUCUUCUACAAGCUGGAUACAUCUGCAGAGCUAGAAGGUGGCUCCGGUUUGAAUCCCACCAUGCGUGAUUUUGAUCCUCAAAAGGUCAAGAUUUGGAACGAAGCUUUGGAUUCUGUUUCGUGCAUGAUGGGUUAUCACUUGUAUAAGAACAGUGUUGAGUCCAAGUUUAUCAGUCGCAUUGUCAAGGAUGUGAAGAGAAUAUUGAUCCAGCUUCCAAAAGAGGAGCAAGAUGACGAGUCACAUGAUUCACUAGAUGACUCCUCCAAAUCAGAGACGCUGAAUGGUGGGAGUGUCCUAGGUGAAGCAGAAUCAGUUGAGGAUGACAUUUUCCCAAACGAGAAAGUGGACUCAGUCAAUGACCAAGAAGUUAGCACAAGCUCUGCCAUAGUGACCUCCAACAAACCCCCGCUGGAGCAUCAAGUGUUCAUCAAUUUCCAGGGAAACGACCUCCGCUACGGCUUUGUCGGCCACAUCGCGGAGGCCUUGGAAAGGGUUGGAUUCGAAGUCCGUAUAGAUGAAGAUGAGUUGCAGCCUGGAGAUCUUACUGAGCUUCUGUUCAAGCAGAUCGAGGAGUCGAGGAUUGCGAUAGUAAUUUUCUCAAGCAGGUACACUGAAUCAACGUGGUGCUUAGAUAAGCUGGUGAAGAUCAAGGAACGCAUGGAUGAAGGAAAACUCGAGGUGGUUCCAAUCUUCUACAAGGUGAAGCAAUUGCAGGUUACACAACUGGAGGGAAGUUUCGGUAUCAGGAUUUGGAAUUUCUGGAGGAGGAGUCGAGAGUACCGUGUCAUUAAAUGGAAGGAAGCUUUGGAGUGUGUUGGAGGCUUGAAGGGUUUGGUAUUUGAGGAGGAUCGUCUUGAGAGCGAGCUCAUUACAUCCAUCGUCAAGGACAUUGAGAAGAAGAUCGAGAUUAAGGAAAGAAAAAAUCCAUCUUCUUUUCCUUUUACAGGGAGAGAAGAUAACACUGAAUUGCCCACAGGAAAAGGAGAAAACCUUGAAACGUAUCUCAAUAACCAUCGCCUCUUUGGAAUCAAGCUACGUAUGGAGCAGUUGGAGCAGAAGUUAGAGUUUGAUUGCGACGAAACUCGAAUUAUUGGAGUAGUUGGGAUGCCCGGUAUUGGUAAAACUACUCUUGCAAUGAGGUUGUACGAAGAGUGGAACAGCAAAUUUGUACAUUGCAUGCCUCUUCUUGGUAUCUGUAAGAAGUCAAAGGACCAUGAGCUAGUCUGGCUGCGGAAGACCUUACUGGAAGUUUUACUUGAAGGUAAGUUUCCAGAGAAACAAAACGAGAUAACACAUGAAUCCGUAAAGGACACCCUGCUCCAGACUAAAAUCUUUGUUGUCCUCAGUGACGUGAGUGACAAGAAGCAGUUGGAUUUUCUACUUGGAAACCUAGAUUGGGUUAAGAAGGGAAGCAAGAUUGUUAUCACAACGGGUGACAGGUCAUUGCUCAAGGAAUUCGUUGAUGACAUUUAUGUAGUCCCUCUAUUGAAUGACGAAGAGGCCUUUCAACUCUUCACUUAUCAUGCCUUUGAUGAUCAAACCUAUAGUCCCUCACAGGACUUCGUGAUUCUCUCAAGAAAGUUUGUGGAUUACGCCCAAGGGCACCCGCAGGCCCUCAUAUCACUAGGUACUGAACUUCGUGGGAAAGAUGAGGAUUACUGGAAUCAGAGACUAGCAACAGUAACAGAUCGUGAUAAUACGACGAUCCAAGAUGUCUGGAAAUUGUCUACUGAUCAACUUAAUGAGCGGCAAAAAGAUGUUCGACAUUGUGCAUUUUUUCAAGUCAGAGGAUGAGUAUUUUGUUCGGAGUUUACUGGAUUCAGGAGAUCCUGACGCUACUGAUGCCGUGAGUGAAGUAAGAGAUCUCGCCGACAAGUUCAUGAUUACAGUCUCCGACGGGCGAGUAGAGAUGAAUGAUCUAUUGUAUAAGUUCGGCAAGGGUCUUGGUUCCCCUGUCAUGGAACUGAACACAAUCAAAUAUAUUUAUCCGCAAGGGUAAAUUGUUAGAAUGGAUUAUGAAUCUUUUCAGAUAAUAUGAAAACAUGAAACAACACUAAUGAAUGGAGUUUAGAAUAAA